AUGGUUGUUGCUCCGAAGGUGGUUCGCCCCGGGCUACCGUAUGCCGUCUCGGUGAAUAUUCUGAAGUCGCAGGAGACUGACCAUAUCGUUCGAGUCGAAGUCCGUUCGGAUAAGAACCAGACGAUUGGGACUCGAGUCGUCAAGGACGUGAAAGUCGGCUCGCCGCAGACUGUCACCAUCGCCCCACUUCCGGCUGAUGCUUUGACCGGAAGUACCGGUUACAAGGUCUACGUCCGCGCCGAGACCAUCGGCGGCUCGACCCUCUUUGAAGCCGAGGAAACGGUCAACUACAACUCCAAGCACAUGUCCAUCUUCGUGCAGACCGACAAGGCCAUCUACAAGCCGGGAAGCACCGUAAAAUACCGCGCGGUGCUGAUCAACCCCGACCUGACCCCGUUCAAGGAUACGGUAUCCCUCAAGAUCAUCGACCCCAGCCAGAACGUCAUCCAGCAGCACGUCGGCAAGCCGCUCAACAAGGGCGUCUACUCUGGUGAGCUCGAGCUCGCUGCCGAGCCCCCGCUUGGCGACUGGCAGAUCCAGGCCGAGAGCAAGUCCGGUGUCAAGUUCUCCAAGACCUUCUCCGUCGAAAAGUACGUGCUCCCGAAGUUUGAGGUCAACAUCAAGACCCCAUCUUUCAUCACGACUGAGGGUGACCUCGGAAUUCUGGUCAACGCCAAGUACACCUAUGGCAAGGGCGUGGCCGGCAAAGCCAAGGUGCGCCUCGAGGAGCCUUACGCAAGAUGGGCCUACCGUAGCCCAGUCAUCGUCAACCCGGACGGCACCACCAAGGAGACGCAGCCGGAAGCGCUGCUCGAGCGUACUGACUUCCGGCUGGUUCGGGACUGGGGCUCAUCCAUUCGUGUCGUCGCCAUCGUCACCGAAGAUUUGACGGAGAUCGAGAGGAACAACACGGCUACGAUGCCCGUCUACAAGGACGACACAAAACUCGAGCUGGAGAAGCAGGGCGAGUCGUUCAAGCCGGGUCUCUCCUACAACGUGGUCGUCGCCCUGAAGCUGGUCGACGACACGCCGGUGCCCGCGUCGGUCCCGAAGCGAGUACAGGUGACGACCGUCUACAACUACGCCUACAAUCCGGAACGGACCAGCCAGCAGGAGGACAAGGAGGUGAAAAUCGUCGACCUUGAUGCCCAUGGUACCACCGUACUCCAGCUGCAACCCCCGCUAAAUUGCACCUCAAUCCGGGUGGAGGCGCAGUACGACCGGCUCGGCAAGGACAACUUCACCAACACGCAGCUGUUCAGCUCGCUCUACGUCGACUCGGCCGCCUCGCCGACCAGCAGCUUCCUGCAGCUGAUCGCUGACAAUGAGGGGACGGUGGAUGCUGGAAAGCAACUCUCCUUCACCGUCAAGGCUACGGAGAACAUUGGCGUGCUCAGCUACCAGGUAAUGUCCAAGGGGGCGGUCGUCUUGGCCAAGGAGAUCCCGAUGAACGCCGAUCAUACGACGAUUACGUUUACGGCGACCAGCGAGAUGGCGCCCAAAUCCCAACUGCUCGUCUACGCCAUCCGCCCCGCUAACAACGAGAUCCUCGUCGACGCCACUGACUUCAAGGUCGCCGGAUUGUUCAGGAAUAACGUCAGCCUCGCCAUCGAGCCGAACUCGGCGCAACCGGGCGAGAAGGUCAAGUUCAAGAUUCACGCCGACCCUGAUUCAUACGUUGGCCUGCUCGCCGUUGAUCAGAGCGUGCUGCUGCUGAAGAGCGGAAAUGAUAUUACGCAGCAAAUGGUUGAGGAGGACAUGGAGCAGUACGAGACCACCGGCGAUAGCUACAGACCUUGGGAGGGAGCUUUCCGAGCCCGCCGGUCGAUCUGGUACCCGUGGUGGGGAAUCGGAGGCAAGGACGCGGCCAGCAUUUUCAAGAACGCUGGCCUGGUGGUGCUCACCGAUGCCUAUUUACACGAAGAGCCGAUGCCACCAAUGCUGCGCUUCAAAGCCAUCGAAGCAGCGGGUGUUGCGCCUGUUGCAUUUGCCGCAGGGGCCGGCGGUGAUCAGCUACUAGAGGAGGGGCCGAGAACCCGCUCCAAUUUCCCCGAAUCGUUCGCCUGGAUUGAGGAGGAAACGGAG